AAAUUUCACACACCACAUCUCCGUUGCUAGUUGCGUCCAGCACUGAGGAGUGAGGCUGCCACGCCCAUUCGCUAGCUAGCUAGAGACCCACAGUACAAACAAUAAUAGAGCAACUGAGCACACCAGGACUACACAGUCGGUUAAGCACUGUGAGAGUGAGCUAGGUUCAGGUCACCACACACGCCUCAUCUCCAAGCCAUGAGCAGCACGGACGCGGACGCCGUGCCGGUGGCCGUGGCGCCGGCGAAGCGCCCUCCCAUCAACAAGUACGCCUUCGCCUGCGCCCUCCUCGCCUCCAUGAACUCCGUCCUCCUCGGAUACGACAUCUCGGUGAUGAGCGGCGCGCAGCUGUUCAUGAAGGAGGACCUGAAGAUCACGGACACGCAGAUCGAGAUCCUGGCCGGCAUCAUCAGCAUCUACUCGCUGCUGGGGUCGCUCAUGGCGGGGCUGACCUCCGACUGGCUGGGCCGGCGCUACACCAUGGUGCUGGCGGCCGCCAUCUUCUUCACGGGCGCCCUCCUCAUGGGCCUCGCCCCCAACUACGCCUUCCUCAUGGCUGGCCGCUUCGUCGCCGGCAUCGGCGUCGGCUACGCGCUCAUGAUCGCCCCCGUCUACACCGCCGAGGUGGCCCCCACCUCCUCCCGCGGCUUCCUCACCACCUUCCCGGAGGUCUUCAACAACUUCGGCAUCCUCCUCGGCUACGUCUCCAACUUCGCCUUCGCGCGCCUCCCCGUGCACCUCAGCUGGCGCGCCAUGUUCCUCGUCGGCGCCGUGCCGCCGGUCUUCCUCGGCUUCGCCGUCCUCGCCAUGCCGGAGUCCCCCCGGUGGCUGGUCAUGCGGGGCCGGAUCGAGGACGCGCGGCGUGUGCUGCUGAGGACCUCCGAUUCGCCCGAGGAGGCCGAGGAACGGCUCCUGGACAUCAAGAAGGUCGUCGGCAUCCCCGCGGACGCCACGGACGCCGAUGAUGUCGUCGCCAUCGUGCGCGCGAACGAGGCCGCGCGCGGGCAGGGGGUGUGGAAGGAGCUGCUGAUCAACCCGAGCCGGCCCGUGCGCCGCAUGCUCGUCGCCGGCCUCGGGCUCAUGUUCAUCCAGCAGGCCACGGGCGUGGACUGCGUGGUGAUGUACAGCCCGCGGGUGUUCGAGAAGGCCGGGAUGAAGAACAGGACUAACUCGCUGGGGGCGUCCAUGGCGGUGGGCGCGUGCAAGACCUUCUUCAUCCCGAUCGCGACGCUCCUCCUCGACCGGGUCGGCAGGAGGCCGCUGCUGCUGGCCAGCGGCGGCGGGAUGGCCAUCUUCCUCUUCACGCUCGCCACGUCCCUGCUCAUGCUCGACCGGCGGCCGGAGUCGGAGGCGAAGGCGCUGGGCGCGGUGAGCAUCGUGGCCAUGCUGUCGUUCGUGGCGUCGUUCGCGUCGGGACUGGGCCCCGUGGCGUGGGUGUACUGCUCGGAGAUCUACCCGCUGCGGCUGCGCGCGCAGGCGGCUGCCAUCGGCACGGGCCUGAACCGGCUCAUGGGCGGGGCCACCACCAUGUCCUUCCUGUCGCUCAGCGAGGCCAUCACCAUCGCCGGGAGCUUCUACCUGUACGCCUGCGUGGCGGCCGCCGGGUGGGUGUUCAUGUACUUCUUCCUGCCGGAGACGAUGGGCCAGAGCCUGGAGGACACCGGGAAGCUCUUCGGCAAGGACAUGGACGACGGCGACACCGACGACGGCGCCGUCGUGCACCACGAGCGCAAGAGGUCCACCGAGCUGAUCACUCAGCAGUAACCCCGAGUAACCUACGCCGUACGUCCGUACACAUGUCGUGUGCUUGUGUUGUGUGUGGUGUGGCCUGUGUCCAAAGCUAUCUUGGACGUGAAUCUCUAGAUUCUGGACACGUUGGUCAGAUUUACAGACUUUAGGACGUAGGGAAGGACACCCAGCGCUCUACGGGGAGGAAGAUCACAUGAUAUUCCGCACGCGUGAUGAAUCCACGUAGAAAGGUCCGGUUCACCGGCCGUCGCGCUGCUUGCCGUGGCGCGCACUGCGCAGCUUGUGACAGAUCUUUUUCACCGAGGUGGCAGUGAUACUGUACGAGUGUGUAUGGGGUAGCAUUUCUGGUAUGUACAGGCUUGUGUUAUAUAUAUGACCGAGUCAUCUCUGAUCUUUAGUUGCAUAUAUAUUUUUCA